CUGGGGCUGCCCUAUGAGGCCGUUGCCGGGCUGGGGCCGCGGGGAGCCUGUGUGAGGUCUGGAGUCAAUCUUGGUCUGAGCUCCUGGGAUCCUGUCACUAUGGAGACUGAAAGUGAGCAGAACUCCAGUUCCACUAGUGGGAGCUCCAGUUCUGGAGGAAGCACUCGUCCUCAGAUAUCACAAAUGUCUCUGUAUGAGCGACAGGCGGUACAGGCCCUUCAGGCACUCCAGAGACAGCCUAAUGCAGCCCAAUACUUCCACCAGUUUAUGCUUCAGCAGCAGCUUAACAGUGCCCAACUUCACAGCUUGGCAGCUGUACAGCAGGCUACAAUUGCAGCCAGUAGACAGGCCAGCUCUCCCAGCACCAGUACCUCACAACAGACUACUGCUACCCAGGCCUCUAUCAACCUAGCCACCACAUCAGCUGCACAGUUGAUCAGUCGCUCACAGAGUGUAAGUUCCCCCAGUGCCACAACCCUGACGCAAUCUGUGCUCCUUGGGAAUACCACCUCGCCGCCUCUCAACCAGUCACAGGCCCAGAUGUAUCUCCGGCCGCAGCUGGGGAACCUGUUGCAGGUAAACCGGACCUUGGGCCGCAAUGUGCCUCUUGCCUCCCAACUCAUCCUGAUGCCUAAUGGGGCCGUGGCUGCUGUCCAGCAGGAGGUACCACCCAUUCAGUCUCCUGGGGUCCAUGCAGACACAGACCAGGUGCAGAACUUGGCUGUGAGGAGCCAGCAGACCUCAGCCACUAAUGCCCAGCUCCAAGGCUCUACUCAGAAGGCAGCUCUGCCAGGAAACUCCCAGCCUUCGGGCCUACCACAGGCCACAAAUACAGGCCAGACUUUGGCAGUGGCUCAGGCUUCUUCUGGCAGCACAGGCCAGUCUCUCAACUUGAGCCAGGGGGCCACAGGCAGCAAUGGUGUCUCUGGGGGUGUGGUGGCAAGUAGUGGGAGCCAGACCUCAACAGGACUGAGCCAGGCAUCCUCAGCAGGCCCUGCUGGCAGUUGCCAAAGGAAAGGCACAGGGGUGGUUCAGCCAUUACCAAUAGCAGCUGCCCAGGCAGUGACUGUCAGCCAGGGAAGCCAAACAGAAACAGAGAAUGCAGCCACAAAGAAGGGUGAAACAGACAGUGGCGGACAGCAAACGGUGGGCAUGAACCUGACCAGGACAGCUACACCAGCACCUAGCCAGACAUUGAUCAGCUCAGCUGCCCUGCUGCUAAUUUUCUGUGCUGCCCUCUUUUCCUGCCCCAUGUUUGUAGCCACAUAUACGCAGAUCCAGCCCCACUCACUGAUACAGCAGCAGCAGCAGAUCCACCUGCAGAAGCAAGUAGUGAUCCAGCAGCAGAUUGCCAUUCAUCACCAGCAGCAGUUCCAACACCGCCAGUCCCAGCUCCUCCACACAGCUACCCAUCUCCAACUGGCCCAGCAGCAGCAACAGCAGCAAGCACCAUCUCUGACUCAGCAGCAAGCUCAGACCCCGCAGCAGCAAGCUUCAUCUCAAAACCAGCAGCAGUCUCAGACCCUUGUGGUGCAACCUAUGCUGCAAUCCCAGCCACAGCCUGUUCAACUCCAGCAGGACAACCCUUGCCAGCCAGCCACCAAGUCACCUGUUCCAAUUCAGUCAAAAUCUCUGGUCACCUCCAUCAAACCACCUCAGCUUGGGCCUGCCAAAAUGUCAGCAGCACAGCAGCCUCCACCACACAUUCCAGUGCAGGUGGUGGGUACACGGCAGCAGAGCUCAAGUCAAGCUCAGGCACUGGGUUUGGCUCAGAUUGCUGCAGCAGUGCCCACCUCCCGGGGAAUGCCAGCUGUGGUCCAACCUGUUUCCCAAGUCCAUGUUGCUUCCCCGUCAUCUGCUCCAGCAUCCUCCCAGGAAGCUCCUCCCCUCACCACAGGGGUAAAUUUGGCGCAAGUUCAAGGCACAGCCCACGUGGGAAAGAGCACAGCCUCCACUACAGUUGUGGCUCAGAUGCCAGCUGCAUUCUACAUGCAGUCUGUCCAGUUACCAGGCAAGUCUCAGACCUUGGCGGUGAAGCGCAAGGCAGAGUCAGAGGAGGAGAAGGAGGAAUCACCCAGUGUCAAUGCAAUCCUGCCUGCUAGGUCCUCUCCUGUGACAGACAGCCCCAAAAACAUGGAAGAGAAAAGUGGCCUUGGAGAUAAAUCUGAUUCUGCUGCCAGUGCAACCCCAAAUACCACAAGUGAAGCAACAUCAGUCACACCCACCUUGGCUUCCACCCCAAACCUGGCAAUGGUGUCACGUCAGAUAGGAGACUCCAAACCCCCACAAGCCAUCGUGAAGCCCCAGAUCCUCACACACAUCAUAGAGGGCUUUGUCAUCCAGGAAGGAGCAGAGCCAUUUCCGGUUGGCUGUUCUCAGCUAUUGAAAGAAUGUGAGAAACCUCUGCAGGGAGGGGCUCCCUCUGGACAUAGUGAAAACCUGUCCAGCAAUUCCCCAGGAGGGGACAGUGCUUCUAUGGAGCUUGAUAAGAAGGCAAACUUGCUGAAGUGUGAAUACUGUGGAAAGUAUGCCCCAGCCACCCAGUUUCGUGGCUCCAAGAGGUUUUGUUCCAUGACUUGUGCUAAAAGGUACAAUGUCAGCUGCAGCCAUCAGUUUCGGCUGCAGAGAAAGAAGAUGAAGGAGUUCCAGGAAGUUAACUAUGCUCGCGUACGCAGACGGGGACCACGGCGCAGCAGCUCUGAAAUUGCUCGAGCUAAAAUCCAGGGCAAGCGCCACAGGGGCCAAGAAGAUUCCAGUCGAGGCUCUGAUAACUCCAGCUAUGAUGAGGCUUUGUCCCCUACAUCUCCAGGGCCCCUGUCAGUGAGGGCCAGUCAUGGAGAGAGGGACUUGUCAAACUCCAGUAUAGCCCCACCCACCCCAGAUCUACAUGGCAUCAACCCAGUCUUCCUAUCCAGCAAUCCUAGUCGUUGGAGCGUAGAGGAAGUGUCAGAGUUCAUUGCAUCCCUGCAAGGCUGCCAGGAGAUUGCUGAGGAGUUUCGGUCACAGGAAAUUGAUGGCCAGGCCCUGUUGCUCCUCAAAGAGGAACACCUCAUGAGUGCUAUGAACAUCAAGCUGGGACCAGCUCUCAAGAUUUGUGCUAAGAUCAAUAUCCUCAAGGAGACCUAACAGCUCUGAAGCUAGAGGUCUUCCUUUUGCUGUGCAAAAGGUGCCAGCUUUGGAGUGUUCUGCUCGGGUGGUGAAAGAGGAGACCGUCCCAUAUGAUCUUGCAUACAAGAAAGAAUGAGAAGGAAAUUAACUGAGUUGAACUGCCA